CCAUUAACUCAGAUCCUGCUUGGUAGUCCAGACCUCAGAGCUGAUUCAUGGUUCAGCCUCCAUUUUACUCUGAACAAAAACAGAAACUCAACACUUUUGUUUCUGCUUCCAUUUUUCUCAGACUUCUUCUAUGAACACGAAAGGUCUGUUUCUCUCCAAUAUUGUCCACAGAUGUGUCUAAAUGUAUGUUAGUGAGAACUUCUCCUCUGUCCAGAUAAUCCAUCCUUCUCACAGCUGUGGCAGAUCCAGAUGCUGAUCAGACAGCAGGAUUAUUGCUCAGGUGUGCCUCAGGCUGGCCUCAAUAAAGUCAGUUUGUGACUGCUGGAGGAAGCAGUGUGUUGAUCAGAAGCUGCAGUUUGUGACUCUGCUGCUCCUUCAGUCAGGUGGAGUCCUGACUGGUUCCAGGAAACAGAUCACCUGUCUGAGCGUCCAGGAGUGGACUGGAAACUUUCUUCUUCUUCAGCGCUUUGAAUAAAGUGUGAAGGUAGAAAGUGUGUGUGAGCUGCUGUGAGUUGAGCAUCAUGGAUGAGUGUGAGGACAGAGAGGAAGGAGUCCCUCUCUCUAAAAGCUCUCUGUGUGGGGAACAGGAGAACCAGAGCAAAGCUCAGAGGAAUCCACCUGGACCUGGACCUGGACCUGGACCUGGACCUGGACCUGGACCUGGACCUGGACCUGGACCUGGACCUGCAUCCAGCUGUGUGUCCUUAAAUAGUGACCAGUCUAAGGAUCGCUUCAUUGACUUUAAAGAUCAUGAACCUCCUGCUGCAGAGGGCAUCCAUCAGAGUCCAGAGUCCUCUGGACCUGGGCCUGCAUCCAGCUGUGUGUCCUUCAAGAGUGACCGGUCUAAGGGUCCUCCUAUCUAUUUCAAAGGAGAACCAGGUCCUGCUGCAGAGAGAGUGGAGCAGCAGAACUCAGAGGUUCCCAGAGCUCAGUCUGUCCAGCAGCAUCACCUGGACUCCAUAUUCAUGCUGCUGGAGGACAACAUGGUGACUUUUGUGAAGAAGGAGCUGAAGAAGAUGCAGAAGCUUGUGAGUCCAGUUUCUCCAGAACGCUCCGAGAGUCAGAGGGAGGAUGAGGAGGAUUGGAGGGUGAUGAUGAAGAUGAGAGGAGCAGCAGAGAGAUGUUUCAGCAAAUCACAGUGUUGUUCCUGAGGAGGAUGAAGCAGGAGAAGCUGGCUGACUGUCUGCAGAGCAAACUUCCUGCAGUUUGUGGACGUGAACUUAAAUGUGCUCUGAAGAAGAAGUUCCAGAGAGUGUUUGAGGGCAUCGCUAAAGCAGGACAGCCGGCUCCUGAAUGAGAUCUACACAGAGCUGUACAUCACAGAGGGAGGGACUGCAGAGGUCAAUGAUGAACAUGAGGUCAGACAGAUUGAAGCAGCAUCCAGGAAAGCAGACAGAGCAGAAAGAAGCAUCAGAGCAGAAGACAUCCUUAAAGGCUCACCUGGAAGAGAUGGACCAAUCAGAACAGUGAUGACAAAGGGAGUGGCUGGCAUCGGGAAAACAGUGUUAACACAGAAGUUGACUCUGGACUGGGCUGAAGACAAAAGCAACCAGGACAUCCACUUCAUGUUUCCAUUGACUUUCAGAGAGCUGAAUGUGGUGAAAGAGAGAAAGUUCAGCUUGGUGGAACUUGUUCAUCACUUCUUCAGUGAAACCAAAGCAGC